GGUCACGGUCAUGAUCACCGUCACCAUCAUGCGCGUUAUACACCAGGACGUGCCACACGUACGCAAGUGGCUGCAGAUCGCAGAUCUCGACAUCAUCGCAUACAUCUCCCUGGUAGUGCGCAUGUUCCCGUCCGUCUCGCGGCUCUCGUCGAGCACCGAGCCUAAACCCGCGUUCUCCACAAGUGAGUUCCCGACCAGCACGAUGGCGGUGCGCGAGAAAUGAGCGAUCAGGGAUGCGUUUGCAAUCCAAAACAUUUCCUUCCGGAAGGCCACGGAAGCUCGCAGCUCAGAAAUGACCUCUCGGUGACGAGAUGGUCACAUUUCAUCACUGACGCAGCAGCUCAUGGCUGGCGCUCGGCACGUCAUCAGAUGAAUUUUGAAGGUGCGAAGACGAAGAGAGAGAGAUUUAUCAUUUAUGUCAUAUCUUUCCACGUUCUUAUCCAUUCCUCGAUCGUCCGAUGCGCAACUCAGCUGCAAAUCACCCUUACUACAAUUGACUGCUCCAAACGAAGGAAUUCGCUUCAUCGUGCCGACCUGGUAAGUUCUCGAGACGAUAGAACACACCAUCGAACACGCCUGAGGACCCAGCUCGACCGACUGGGGCGCGUCAAGCUUUCUUUGAAGCCAACAGGGCUUCGAAAGCGGCGAGGACAUCAUCGCACCUGUCUAAAUGUUCCGGAGGCUCCCAUGUGUUGAACCAACUGACUCUGCGUAGACCGUUCUCACGCCUAAUUACGCUGCUAGCGCCUUUCCGCAGAGGUUUCAGCUCGGCUGGAGUCAUGUCGGUGUCUGCCCACGAUACCUCAUACAGGACGGUUCCAUCAACACCCACGAAUCUGCUGACAAUCUCUUCA